AUGAGCGCCCAGAGUGCGGUGAGCGCGUGCCUCGGACUAGAUUCCGACGCGCUCUACGCGCUCUACGCGCCCGACAGCGGCACAGCAGGGGCGAGCCUCGCUGAGGAGGGCGCGGGGUCGAUGGUGCCCCUCCGCUCCAUGCUCGGCGGCACGCUGGGCGGGGCGGCGCUGCCGACGCCAUGCACGCCCGCCGGGACCGGCCACGAGGAACUAGUCUGGUUACGUGUUGAAAAAGCCUGGCUUUAA